GCUCGACCUUCCGGAACUUUUGAAUAUCUUGGUGACGGCGUGAAAAACUAGUCGAAUCCUUUCACCGUUAAUGCUGGUUGUAUAAUGAAUGAUAUUGGGACUGGGUAUGGUUCUCCACAAAUUCAGCGAACUUAUCUCAUUCCGCUUGCUGAACGGUUUACAAAGAUUUGUAUAGAUCCUUCAUCUGUCGAUGAUUUUGUAGACUAUAUAAUUCAUGAUAAGUCGACCAGCUGUAAUAGAUCCAAUAUGAGGUUAUGGCGUAAAGAUGCUUGCAAAGGUACAGCUCACUUUUUUAAUUUGCCUUUCUUUUUUUAGCCCUAAGACUUAUAAAUGCACGUACAAUGGUCAAUCUUGUUCAAAAAGAUUCACCAGUUAUUGCUGAUCAGACUGAGUCUUCUGUGUCGGACAUGACAGGGGAUACAGACAGAAAAAUUCCUCGUAAACGAUCAAGGUUAAACUUAGAAGCAACAAUAACUGAAUCCAUCAUUCCACGAACCACUUCUUCUACAUUAUCAGAUCUUAGACUCACUGUACCUAAAGAUAUACGAAGGCAAGUAAAAGGCUUCCUCGUAUCCCAUCUAUUUUCGAACAUGGGACUACCAGUUUGGCCAACUUUACUAAUCAAUGGUCCACCAUUCUGUGGCAAAACCACAUUAAUUGAAGCAGCUUGUGGAACUUUAGGCCUGAAGAUUAUUACUGUAUCAGUUGGUACAGUACCAUCAUCUAUGCGUUCCUGGAUGGAUGUAUUCAAUCAAGCCAAGGGUUGUGCACCGUGUAUUUUACACUUGGAUGAUAUUGAAAGCAUGGAGAAACAUUCCUCCCCUGUCGGGACAUUCCGUCUUACUUGUCUUCUGAAAAGUCAAAUACUUAGAGAUAUGAUAAAUUCAGGUGUUGUACUUAUUGGUGAAACUCGAUGUCUGCUUGCCAGCUUACCUCAAAGUAUUUUAGAUUUGUUUACUCAGAAGUUGACAUUCGGCAUGUUAAAUGAAACGCACCGUUUGAACUUGUUACGACAAUAUUUAUCAGAUGAUGUUGAAAUAUCUAUGUCAACAAAAUCAGUUGAUCAAAGUUCCAGUCCAUUACAACUCAGUGAGAAUUUAACGUGCCUUGAGUUAGCACGUCGAACACCUGGUUAUGAGGUUGGUGAUUUGAUUCGUUUUGUAGCUCAGUUAAAAAUGGCUUCCCUAACAAACGGAUUGGAUAAUGGCGAUGAUGAUGAUGAUGUACAUCUGCUGGAAUUCGCUGAAAAUGGACAAGAAAUUCCGGUUAAAUUCUCACCUGGACUAUGUACUGGGGAUGCUACAGACAACAAUUGUCUAUGGAACUCGAUUAAACAUCCUCUAAUUGUAACAAGAGAAAUGGUUGAAAAAGCAUUAACUAUUGUUGUCCCAGCAGUUAAAAAUACAGCUGAAUUUGUAACUAUUCCAGAUAUAACAUGGGCUGAUGUUGGCGGUUUAGAAACAACUAGACAGCAGUUAUACAAUCGUUUUAUGCUCCUUAUUGAUGACUGGGAACGUGCUCAGGUUCUUCAUAGACGUUCUGGAGGUGUUUUACUUGAAGGACCUCCUGGAUGUGGUAAAACGCUUGUGGCCAAAGCUUUAUCUAAUCAGGCUGGACUUAAUUUUUUAUCCGUUAAGGGACCUGAAGUUCUCAAUAAAUUUCAAGGUGAAAGUGAACGUCGUGUUCGUGAAAUAUUUGAACGAGCACGUGCUUGUCAACCGUGUUUGAUAUUUUUCGAUGAAAUAGAUGCGAUUUGUCCAAGGCGGGAUAGUGACGAAUCUACAGGAAGUCGAGUUAGCUUAGUGAAUCAGCUUUUAGUUGAGUUGGAUGGUAUUGAUAAGCAUCGAUCAGGUCGCGUUUUUGUUGUGGGCGCCACAAAUCGCAAAGAUAUGAUUGAUCCUGCUAUUCUCCGCCCUGGACGUCUAGGUUUACAUUUGAUGAUUAACCCACCGUCAAAUGUCAAAGAACGCCUUUCCGUUUUGUCUGCAUGUACUCGGUCUGCAACAACUCCACGGAUUGAAAAUGGCAUGAUGACGCUCGAAUUGAUUGCAAAUGAUCCACGCACUGACAAAAUGAGUGGUGCUGAUUUAGAAAAUUUAUUGGAAUUAGCAAAACAAAAAGCUCAAAUUGCACGACAAGAUUUUGUUUCACAAGUCAACUUACUAGAUGCCUUAUGUGAACUUCAGAACUGAAAUAAUCAUUUCCUAAAACAAUAUACAAUAUCUCAUCUUGAUUUGUAUUCUAUUCUAGAUUUGUUUAAUGGACUCUAGUGCAUUAAGUAGCUGUAAUUAAUACACAAAACAUUGCCACCUUCUUUAUUAAAUGUCUAGAGAUCUAUGUAAAAAAAAUGUUUUGAUUUAUGUCUGUGUACAUUAAUUUUACUUUUUGACGCAUUUAACCUAUAUGCAAAAAUUUUAAUGUGAUCCUACAUGUUGAUAAAAAUGUAAAGUUAAAUAUUUUAUGAAUAUUUCAUUGCAUUAACCAUAGCCUUUUUAACAAAAUUAAUUGAGUUUUUGUUUACUUGAAAUCUGUCUAAUGAAUGAAAUAUCUUUUCAUAUCUGUCUUUGUUAGACUCAGAAUGUUUGGAUUUUGUGGAGUUAUUCUUUCGUUGUAUAAAUCUUAACUGUUAG